GGAAGAGGGGGAGUGAAAUCUCUUAGUGUGUACUUCAUUAACUGAUGGCCUGUAUACAUGACUUCGGUCAGACCUAGCCUUUCAUAUCUUUGUUGUGUUUGAGUUGAACUUUAAGAAUCAAGAGGAGAUCACUGUAGUGAGAAGCGGCGGCAUUCCUUGGACCUAACAAUGUGGACGACGAUAUUGUUGACCAUGCUUACUGUCUGCUGGCUAGCUGGGAGGAGCAUUGCCCACACCUCCAGUAACGACACGGACAUCCAGAUAUUGACCAGUGCUGUGUCCGUGUUCUCUUACGACAUGUAUAGAAAAAUUGGCGUCCAGGCCGUAAAUGUGGUUUACAGUCCUUUGAGCAUCCACACUGUCCUCUCAAUGGUGUAUAUGGGAGCCAGGGGCGACACAGAGAAUCAGAUGAAAAACACACUCCGGUUUAAAGACCUUCCGUCGCCACAUAAUGCUAUUAAUGAGGUAUUGCAUAGCAUUAUUGAAGUCAAGGAUGUUGAACUCUUGAUGGCCAAUGGCAUGUGGUUCAAUCCUUAUGUUCUGCAAAUAAAACCACUGUAUAAGAAGGAACUGAACAACCUGUACAAUGCAACUUUAGAAACUUUCGACUUCAACUCUCAUGAUGGCCCGGAGAGACCUAUCAAUGAAUGGAUCGCUAAUCAAACAAAGAAUCAAAUCACAUCUUUCAUGCUACCAAGUACAAUAACUGAAGAUAGCCAGAUGUAUUUGAUCAACACUUUAUUCUUUAAUGGAACAUGGGAGUCCCCAUUCGAUGAGUAUUUGACUCAUAAAAACUCCUUUCAACUUUCAUUGGGAAAUAAAAUAGACAUUGAUUUCAUGAGGCAGACUGCUACGUACCAAGUCAAAAUGUCAGCAGUGGAGAAUGUCGACGUCAUCAGAAUGCCUUUCACAAACGAGAGGUUUGCCUUUUACAUAGCACUUCCCAAGUCUUAUUCUGGACUUAGAGACUUCGAAAUGAUGAUUGUUCUACAAGAUUACGAACGAAUCAACGGAUUGUUUACGGACAUGAAGACCGAGCGUGUUGUUCUCAUGUUGCCAAAGUUUAAGAUUACAACGUCACUUAAUUUAAAUAGUGGCCUUAAACAUUUGGGUAUGACCGACGCCUUUGGCCCACUGGCAAAUUUCGACGGAAUCGCUGAGAAUCAAUUAUCUAUUACUGACGUCCUGCAUAAAGCUACUCUAGAAGUCACAGAGACAGGGACAGUAGCAGUGGCCGCUUCAUCUGCGACUUCUAGCAUACUAAGUUUGGGUGUUGACCCUGUAAGUUUCAUCGUUGAUCACGCUUUUAUGUUUUUCCUACGUGACGACCUGAACAGCCUGAUCCUCUUCCACGGAAAGUUUACAAAUCCAACAGUUUCAGAAAGAUAAGAAGAAAGGCGUUAAGAGAAUGAAGUCA